UAUUUUUAUAAAACUUUGAUGGGGCGUACAGAGUUCGCUCUGGGAAAUCACUUCACAAAUCAAAAGUCCCGCUCUUUGCUUUGUACUUGAAGCUGGCACGCCCAAGCUAAAUCGAGAAGCAAAAAAUAAAACAAUUGGAGGACGAACAAAGAAGCAAGUAACAUGAUAAACGAUUUGAAUCGCUCGACUUAUCUGCCCUUGGAUGAAGCCGACGAUUCAAGUGAAAGAUUUCGCGCCUACUGGAAGGACAACAAGUUGGAUUUGCUUGAAGAGCGGCGUGAAUUGAAUUUGCUUUUGAGCAAGCGAUUGCCCGAUGGGACAAACGAUACCAUAUUGGGCAACGGCAGCUUUAAUGCCAGCUACUUUCCGCCGGAGAUGGGUCCGGAGUUUAUCAAGCAGUUUCUACACAAUCGUGCCAUAGAGAGUCCCUGGUAUCAAUUGCUAAUUGGCAUGUACAUUGCACUGAUUGUGUUUGGAGCCAUUGGCAAUACAAUGGUGGUGAUUGCAGUCCUGCGCAAGCCAAUGAUGCGCACCGCCCGCAAUCUAUUUAUUCUCAAUCUGGCCGUAUCCGAUCUGCUGCUAUGUCUGGUUACCAUGCCAUUAACUCUGAUGGAAAUUAUUUCGAAAUUCUGGCCCUACGGCUCCUGUGCCAUGCUGUGCAAAACGAUUGCCAUGCUGCAGGCGCUGAGCAUAUUUGUAUCGACCAUUUCCAUAACGGCUAUUGCCUUCGACAGAUAUCAGGUGAUUGUGUAUCCCACACGAGACAGCCUGCAGUUUGUCGGCGCUGUCGUUAUACUCGUGGGCAUCUGGCUGCUCGCUCUGCUGCUGGCCUCACCCAUGUGGAUCUACAAGCAGCUGAUCAACAAGGAGAUGCCGCCGCUGCUGCAAGAGUUCGGCGUGCCCGAGACAAUAUCGUACUGCAUUGAGGAUUGGCCUGUGCGUCAGGGCCGACUGUACUUCUCCAUCUUCUCGCUGUGCGUGCAGUACCUGGUGCCCAUACUGAUAGUAUCGGUGGCCUACUUUGGCAUAUACAACAAGCUGAAAAGCCGCAUCACCGUCACCGUGCAGAGCUCGUCGCAGCGCAAAGUGGAGCGUGGGCGACGCAUGGCGCGCACCAAUCGUCUGCUGAUAUCGAUAGCGAUUAUAUUUGGCGUAUCGUGGCUGCCGCUGAACUUUUUCAACCUCUAUGCGGACAUGCAUGGGUUGGCGUUUACGCAGGGCCGGCAGAUAGCCUACGCGAUUUGCCAUAUGAUUGGCAUGAGCUCCGCUUGCUCGAAUCCGUUGCUCUAUGGCUGGCUGAACGAUAACUUCCGUAAAGAAUUUUUAGAAAUAUUGUGUCGUAGCCACGAAUCCAUUAAUGUUGAUCUUCACACUAACACGACAGGCAGCAACCUGAAGAUCGUACAGCCGCGUCAUCGUCGCAAGCAGGGCGCCGAUCUGUCCAAGGGCGAGCUCAAGCUGCUCGGCAAGAGCACUGCUUGUGGUGCCACCACCGAUGGCGACGGUGAGGUGGAUGCCGAUGGCAUUGUUAGCAUGGCAACCACUGAGUUUAACACCGGCCACAACGGUCACAACGGUAUGCGCAGCGCAUUGACUGAGUCCGUCGUCUCGACUGAGAUUCCCCUUGCCAACGCCAACGAGAAGAGCGUACUGAUGCCGCGUUUGGAACAAUACUAGAGAUUGGCAAUUAGCAAACUUGAAACGAAUGUCAAGCCAACCGCACACUGACAACUUAAAUUUCUCUUAGGCCUCACGCCAGCUGAACUUGGCUCUAAGCACAGGCUUGGCCGUCUGCAACAGCAGCUGGGAGUUCGUAAUUAUUUAAGUUUUUAUUUCAAAUCCCUUGUAAUUUUCAAAGAGUUGUAAGCGACAAUUGAUGACUGAACUAAAGCAAAGCUGAGUUAAAAUUACUACAUAACAAAUAGUUUGUGCAUAGUAUGUAAAUUGUAAGCAAAGACACAAUAUUAUUUUACGCUCUAAUUACCACGUAAGUAGUUACUAAGUACAGUUACUAAGUGACACACACUCAGUGUGUGCGCCCGCAUUAGCUUAAGGCCUGGAUAUAUCGAAUACCUUGAUUUAAUUGAACGAGCCCAUCAAUUAAAUUACGGCUAAUUUGAUAGUCAAUACACACACACAAGCAUUGUUAAUUAAUUUAUUUGCCAUUUUACCGAUCUAUAAAUCUUACUAUGUUCCUAUUUGCUGUAAUUAAAGCAGUUGCAACUCCUCAACUAGCAGUUAAGUAAGUUAAACUAUGCUUAUUGUUGAAUGUCUAAAGUACAAUAAUAUUUAUAUACAUAUAUAUGUAUAUCUGUGUGU